UAUUUGCAACCCCACAUAGAAAAGGAUGAAUGAACAAAAAAAAAUAGGCAUGGGAGCCUUGUAAAUGCUGCUUGUUUACUUUGUAAUAUUGUCGGUUUCGCCCAAAAAUCACCCGACAAAUUGACAACCUUAACGCUAUGCACGCGUUGCUACCAAUGCCACUCCUAUUUGGCUAUCUUUCACUGCAUCUCCUUUAAUUCAUCUCCAACAAUCUCUCCUUCUCUUCCAAUCUCCUCUCUCUCUCUCGGGAUUCUAGAGUGAGAGAGAGAAACGACCAAAAACAAAAAUCAAUGGCAUCGCAAUCCGAUCAAGAUCAACCGAGGAAAGAAUCCGGUAAUUCAUCCUCCUCCGAUGUCAAUCACAAUCCAUCAGGACAGUCUCCCGCAACUGUCUACCCACCAACGAUGGGUUAUCCGCCUGCAAUGGGGUAUCCGCCUGGACAACCUGGAUACCCGUAUCCAGGAUACAAUCAAUACCACCACCACCACCAGCAUCCGUACACGCAACCCCCGCCAGCCGCCUAUUACAACCCUCAGGCAGCAUAUUACCAACAACAAGCAAAGAGCUCAGGCCUCGUUCGCGGAAUUCUUUCAGCGAUUAUUCUAGUAGUUGUCCUCUCGUGUAUGACCACUAUCAUUACCUCGCUCGUAUUGCGCCCCCAAAUUCCCGAAUUCCGGCUCGAGACCUUCUCUGUCUCCAAUUUCAGCACCAAACCGGGAUUCACGGCCAAUUGGGAGGGGAAUUUUACAAUCGAGAAUCCGAAUCACAAAUUGAGAGUAUAUGGGGAUCGAAUCGAAAGCUUUGUGUUUUACAAUCACGAUGAAAUUCUUGCUAGUUCUGAUAUGGCGCCGUUUAAGUUGGAUACAGGAGAGAAGAUGAUGACGCAAACGAAGUUAUCGGCGAACAAUACGGAUCAUGGUGAGCUGGUGGUGGGGGUGGCAGUGGUGGAUGAUAUGGCGGAGGAGCGAAGUGGGGGUUCAGUGAAAUUCAGUUUGAGAUUGAUGGUUUGGUCUACGUUUAAAUCUGGGUGGUGGACGAGACAUAUUGAUAUGAGAGUUUAUUGUGAGGAUUUGAAGGUGGUUUUUGAUGGUGUUACUGGUAAUGGGAAGUUAACGGAUAACAAGCCUAUGGAUUGCACAGUACGUGUUUGAUUUUCAAAUAAAAAAUAAUAAUAAUGGAUUUGGAUUUUAGUUCUUAA